GCACAACCGGAAUCAUGUCGAGUUUGGCGGUGAGAGACCCGGCAAUGGAUCGAUCACUGCGUUCCGUGUUCGUGGGAAACAUUCCGUAUGAGGCGACCGAGGAGCAGUUAAAGGACAUUUUCUCGGAGGUUGGUUCCGUUGUCAGUUUCCGGCUGGUAUACGAUAGAGAAACGGGAAAACCCAAGGGUUAUGGCUUCUGCGAGUACCAAGACCAGGAGACCGCGCUUAGUGCCAUGCGGAACCUCAAUGGGCGGGAGUUCAGUGGGAGAGCGCUUCGGGUGGACAAUGCUGCCAGUGAAAAGAAUAAGGAGGAGCUAAAAAGCCUUGGGCCUGCAGCGCCCAUUAUUGACUCACCCUAUGGGGACCCCAUCGAUCCGGAAGAUGCGCCGGAGUCGAUUACCCGAGCAGUCGCCAGUCUCCCCCCAGAGCAGAUGUUUGAGCUGAUGAAGCAGAUGAAGCUCUGUGUUCAAAACAGUCACCAGGAAGCCCGAAACAUGUUACUUCAAAACCCGCAACUGGCUUAUGCGCUGUUGCAAGCACAAGUAGUAAUGAGGAUCAUGGAUCCAGAGAUUGCUCUGAAAAUUCUGCAUCGCAAGAUUCAUGUCACACCACUGAUCCCAGGCAAAUCCCAGUCGGUCUCCGGCCAAGGUCCUGGUCCUGGGCCUGGUCCUGGGCCUGGGAUCUGCCCAGGACCUAGUGUUCUACUGAACCAGCAGAAUCCUUCAGCCUCUCAGCCUCAGCAUUUGACUAGAAGACCUGUGAAGGAUAUUCCUCCUCUGAUGCAGACUCCUAUACAGGGAGGAAUUCCAGCUCCGGGGCCAAUACCAGCUGCAGUUCCCGGGCCUGGGCCUGGUUCCUUAACUCCUGGGGGAGCAAUGCAGCCCCAAGUUGGAAUGCCAGGGGUUGGCCCAGUGCCUUUAGAGCGUGGACAGGUGCAGAUGUCGGAUCCUAGAGCUCCUAUACCUCGUGGACCCAUGACUGCUGGUGGCCUACCUCCUCGAGGACUGUUAGGAGAUGCUCCAAAUGACCCACGUGGAGGGACUUUGCUUUCAGUCACUGGAGAAGAGCCCAGAGGUUAUCUGGGCCCACCCCAUCAGGGUCCCCCAAUGCACCAUGCCGCUGGUCAUGACAGCCGUGGCCCUUCCUCACAUGAGAUGAGGGGAGGGCCAUUAGCAGAUCCCAGACUGCUAAUUGGAGAGCCCAGAGGCCCCAUGAUAGAUCAAAGGGGUCUUUCUAUGGAUGGCAGAGGUAGUAGAGAUUCUCGAGGGAUGGAGACUCGAGCCAUGGAAACUGAGGUCCUAGAGGCACGAGUAAUGGAGAGAAGAGGAAUGGAAACCUGUGCAAUGGAAACCAGAGGGAUGGAAGCAAGAGGCAUGGAUGCAAGAGGAUUGGAGAUGAGGGGCCCUGGUCCCAGUUCAAGAGGCCCUAUGACCGGUGGAAUCCAGGGCCCUGGUCCCAUUAAUAUAGGGGCAGGUGGUGGCCCUCAGGGACCCAGACAGGUCCCAAGCAUUUCAGGGGUGGGGAAUCCUGGAGCUGGCAUUCAAGGGGCAGGUAUACAAGGAGCAGGCAUGCAGGGGGCAGGUAUACAAGGAGCAGGCAUGCAGGGGGCAGGUGUACAAGGAGGAGGAAUGCAGGGGACAGGCAUACAGGGAGUGGGCAUACAAGGAGCAGGCAUGCAGGGGGCAAGCAAGCAAGGUGGUGGCCAGCCUAGUGGUUUUAGUCCUGGGCAGAGCCAGGUAACUCCACAGGAUCAAGAAAAGGCAGCUUUGAUCAUGCAGGUUCUUCAACUGACUGCAGAUCAGAUUGCCAUGCUGCCUCCUGAGCAAAGGCAGAGCAUCCUGAUUUUAAAGGAACAAAUCCAGAAAUCCACUGGAGCUUCUUGAAGGUUUUAGAAAAUACUUGGCUGUAGUCUCAGAAAGUUUAUUCUGUAGCAUGGAGAAUGGGUGCAAAAAGCUGACUUCUGUACACUUGAAUGAUUAGUGUUUCCCUCUUCCUAGAAUCUAAUUUCAUUUUUUCUUGUCCUUUUACUUCUUUCUGUUUUCCCUUUUAUUUUUAAUUGAGGGUAGGGGAUGAAGGAGUGGGUUUGUUCAUUUUAUGUUACUGUGCAUAUAUACAAAAAUAACUCUGAACAUGAUCAUAUCAAAUAAGAUUACAAAGAAUAUGCAGCCAUAUUAAAGUGUCUACAGUAUGUUAACUACAUUUUUAAAAUAUUAAGUAAAACUAUGUGAAAACUGCACAGAAAGACUAAAAGGUGACCUGUUAAAAUGGUAGUGUACUAAGAUAGUUUAAGAUUUUUGGUUGUGUAAUAAAGUUUACCUCAAAAUUAUAAGAUAUAUUUUUUGGUAAGCUGUUUAAAAUACAAAGAUUCCAUUUUGGGGGCAAUAGAAUGCUGUAUUAGGUUAAGUGUUUAGUGUUUGGGAAUUAUUUUGAAAUGUUAGAGGUAAACUUGUGAUAUUGGAAUUACUUGUUCUAAAUCUGUGUUAUCUGAAAAAUCAAGGAAUGCACCUGGUUUGUUGU